GGUGUACAGAUACAAAUUACCUGUAUUCAAUCAAAGUACUUUUGUGGUGUUGAAGUGGUCAGGAAAGGGAAGGAGUACUGCAUCGAUUGGAGUCAGUGUGUGCGCGCGUGGUGACAGUCCGCAAACGAAUCCACUUGCCAGACUUCUGCACGAGUUAUUCGCCUAUUUUCAGCCUUCUCCCUUUCUCUCUCUCUCGCUUGAUCUCCGGCCGAUCAGCAGCACCGGGCAUUUAAGACGAAGAGAGAAGUACAAGAACGGUAGUCGUGAUUCAGUCCCCACUACGGUUGCUGCUAUUGCUGCUGGUACUGGUGCUAGUAUUCAUGCGCUGAUUGCUGUGUGGCACGCAUGCACGCUUGCAGCCGGAACUUCCUGCGAUACUGACUUGCAAGCGCUGGACGAGAGAUUGCACUACACUAUUGUGUAGUAUUGUGCACGGAGAGCGCUAUCCUUUCAUCCGACCCGCGUGUGGAUCUCUGCAGUCCACGACCACACUGUCGCUGGCUGACUGGCAAUUUUGUACGUAUGACGGAGUGAGCUGGAACAUUUGGGAGAUCUGUCCUCCAGAGACAUUCUCAGUCCGCAGUAUAGUGUGCUCCGCGACAGUAGGUGGAUUGUGAGCUGAGUGACAGGGCUGCACUACUUUGCUAAUCCAUCUCAGCAUCUAGACGAUAUGGCUGCAGAGAGACUACUCCUUGUAUGGUUGAUGGGUAGUUGGUGCUUAUGCCGUGGCGUAUACGCGAACACAGUAGAGCGGCCGCGACAAGAGCCUAUUGGUCAUGGGGGAGCGAGAGCGUCCAAUCGUAUUCCCCCAAACCACGAAGAGCCGCCUGCAGGACGAGGGAAUCAGCAGCAGCUGUUGGCUUCACGGACUGACACUGCUUCGGACGUAUCUGGUGUGACGGUGUCAGCCACGACGACGGCACCCAGCGCUGAUGACAGGAUGAUGGACAGAGCUCCAGACAGAGCCGGUGAAAGAUCGGGACAGCAGGCUCACGCCUUUCCGCCGGCAUGUGCUCCUCGACCGCACUCUCCGCCUGCAGCGUAUACUGUCCAGGCGGCCAAGGCGGGCCGGCGCAUCACACUGCGCUGCAAUCUGGGUGUUCGGCAGGACGCCGUGCAGUGGUAUAUCGGUGGUGAGCGCCUGGAGGAUCGCUUCAGCAACAAAAUCCUGAGACCGAUUGGAGGUCGUCGCGGACCGAUCGCCUACGGAGAGUUCGACCUGCUACGGAACGGAAAUCUCAGGGUUCGCCGUCUGACCAGUGGCCACGAGGGGCUCUACCAUUGCACGCCAAAGACUCCCUCAAGAAGCAGCAGACUAAGCAAUGCUUCGGAAUGUAGAACCAUCCUCCUGAGAUUACAAGCUCCGCCGCGUCCCCUGAGAGAGAUGUACCGAAGGCGGGUGCUUGUCAGCGGGAAAACAUCCAUCGUCGCUUGCAAGAUACGCGGCUACCCGAAGCCGCAGAUCCGGUGGGCGAGGGACGGCGCCGUUAUCGACGGCGGCAAUCCACGCUACUCGUAUCUGUCCGACGGAUCCCUGGUGAUACGACACACGUCGCAGGUUGACGCUGGUCACUUCGUGUGCAUGGCUGAGAACCCGCUGGGCAAGAGGAACAUCAGUGUUCAGGUCUCCAUUGUUGGCCAGCCUCACAUGGAAUCUCCCAUUAUCAUCAAGGCGCCCCGUAACCGCAAAGCCAGGCCCGGCGGCAGCGUAACGCUGACGUGCAGUGCCGUCGGCAGUAGCCUGCUGGAGAUCAACUGGGAGUUCCUCGGCCAGAACCUGUCAUCGCAGCCACUCAGACUGCGCCACCGUCAGCUGCAGAAUCCACACGACGGCAACGGCCUACUCACAGUUGUCAGCGAGCUGGUCAUAUCUUCGGUUUCGAUUAACGAUGUGGGCCGCUACAGAUGCAUAGCGUCAAAUCUCAGUGGCUGGACAUCGGCAUCUGGAGAGCUCGCCCUGAACACGCAGAGAUAGAACACUAUAUCACAAUCAGCGCCCGUGCGGUUAGUCAUAGACCUAUCAAAUUGCCUGAACGGGCGUUCGAGACUUCAAGCAUGCAUUAUUGCAACACUAUUUUGAUCACGGCAUUUCGGUGCGGAACUUGAGAGAGCAAUGAGAGAACUUGAGAGCUAGCGUGUGUCAUGUGAUGAUGAGCAAACUGAAUCAUUUUAUCAUUGCAAUCAUGCAUUUAGAAAUCACUUCUGCAGUAUUGAGACCGUCCUGCAAGAUGAAGAUACCUAUCGAAUAUCCUUGUCUUCGGCGUAUUGUCUCUAAUAAGAAAAUGAAAAGCAACUAUUGUCUCUAUACAAGUGGCGCUUACCAAAUCCAUAUCAGCCUUUUCAUCAAGCUGAAAUGAGCAUCAUUGGGAAUAACAUGAGAGUAUAGGCGGUAUGUGCCGCUAUACCAUUUCAAUUGUGCUUUUUCUUCACACCCGCUUUGUUUAUCAUGCCUUUUCAAUUGUAGUCGUGCGCAAAUCAUAUAUUCUUGACGCCCACCUCACAACGGAAUCACCUUGGAAACGCAAUCGUGUAUCUGCUAUACUUUCACAAUUCAACCAUGAGCGCUAUUAUUCUAUCACCAAAUUAAAGUUGAGAUGCUGGCUGCUGAGCUAAGCCGCAGAUAGCCUUCAGUGUUAUCACUUCUUGACAUCAAUCCCACUAACCAAUACAUACACAGUGUGCAUCAGUCACGUCAAGUUCACUGGGAAAAACUAAAAUGUCACAAUGAUCAUGU